GAACACAUUAAAUGCAAAAGACUGACCAAUCGGAUAAGAAGAAACUUUUGUAGGAACAAGAACAAGAAGUUGAAACCCAAAAAUGGAAAAGACUCUCUCUGUCGAAGAAAUCUCCUGCAACCAUCUUUGGUCGGAGCUGGCCGAAGAGACCAAUGGAACAACAGCGAAGGGGAUGAUGAACCGUAGUGACUCCGAGUGGGCAUUCCAACGCUUCAUCCAAGAGUCCUCCUCUGCUGGAGAAGCUGUCUAUGGCGUUUCCGUCUCUGGACCUCCUUCUCCGAGUGUUCCUGUAGAUUCAGAGGAAUACAGAGAGUUCCUUAAGAGUAAACUCAACUUAGCUUGUGCUGCUGUCGCCAUGAAAAGGGGAGCUUUCAGCAAACCUCAGGAUACAUCUGUUAGAUCUGAGAAUGGUGGAGCUUAUACAUCCACUGCUUCAGACCAAGGCUCUCUUGCUUCUUCCAAAGCUACACCAGUGAUGAGCAGUGCAAUAACAAGUGGAUCUGAGCUCUCUGGUGACGAAGAAGAAACUAAUAUGAAUCCCACCAAUGUUAAGCGUGUCAAAAGGAUGCUCUCUAACAGGGAAUCAGCUAGGCGGUCCAGAAGAAGAAAGCAAGCACACCUCAGCGAGCUAGAGACACAAGUUUCACAGCUGCGUGUGGAGAACUCAAACCUCAUGAAGGGUCUCACUGACGUAACUCAAACAUUCAAUGAAGCAGCUGUCGAAAACAGAGUUCUUAAAGCCAAUAUCGAGACACUACGAGCAAAAGUGAAAAUGGCUGAGGAGACAGUGAAGAGACUCACAGGCUUCAACCCGAUGUAUCACACCAUGCCUCAGGUUUCAACUGUCUCUAAUCCUUCAGAGACAUCAGAUUCUGUAGACACAAGCAUCCGAGUGACCACAUCGGAGAUUAGCUCAGGCAACAAAAACAAGGCCUUGACAGGGUGCAAAAUGAACAGGACAGAGUCGAUGAGGAGAGUUGCGAGUUUGGAGCAUCUGCAGAAACGUAUUCGCAGCGUUGGGGAUCAGUAGUUUGUGAAUUUAAAAAAAAAACUUGUUCUGUAACAUUGUCACAAAUGAGAUAAUGAGACAAAGGUUAUAUGUAAAUAUGUAUCUGUUGUUUUUUUAACCCUUGUGAAUUGCUUAGUUAUUUCUACUUCUGUUUUCCUCUUGUGUUCAA